CGAAAGAGAGAGAGAGAGAGAGAGAGAGAGAGAGAGAUUUGCUAGAGGGGGAACGGAUCCGAAAUGUAAUGGUCACUCGGAAACAUCUUCCCUCCUCGAUUAAUCCCUGCAUUUACAUCCUGCCGGUUUCACGGAGCUGUAUCACAGAUACUGGAUUUCUGCGUUGUUUAGUGCGUGCGCGCAUCUCGUCAUGCCAAUCACACGCUCUGUUGAAAGCGAUGCUUUAAUCGCCGCGGUCUGGGUGGGCUUCCUAUGCGGAAUCAUCCUGACCCAAGAUGACGCUGUUCAAACUACUCCACAUUCCUCUCGUGCAUUGUUCCAGGGUGUAACUCCCAGAGAAAGCCCUUAUGAAGAUUUCAUAAGCCAUCAGAAAGGGGUGGAUAUCCCCACGGAUCUGCUCCCCAUGCUUGAGAAGGACAUUGAUUUUGGACAUGAGGAUGAAACACUGCCUCCUGAGCAGCAACACCUUCUAAGAAAGAUGCUGCUUGGUCACAACAAAGCUUUGCAUCCAACUUGGUCUCCAGUAGAAACACAUGAAGCCCCUACUACACUUAAUACUUACAAUUCUACCACAAUGACACAGGCUGCUAUCAAAACCAAGCCAUCACUCACUUCAUUAGUGAUCACAACAGCGGAGAUGAAAGCAGAGCCUGCUGCAUCAAGCUGUAUGAUCAAUCUCUCAGACCCUGUGGGCUACAUUGAUUCGUCAGACGAUCUGCCGCUUCCAAAUGGCACUUUCCUGCAGUGCACGUACACAGUGACUGUGUAUACAGGUUAUGGGGUGGAACUACAGGUCAAAAGUGUUAACCUAUCAGAAGGUGAGCAGCUGUCAAUUAGAGGGGUAGAUAAGGAUGGCACUUUGCUGGUACUUGCCAAUCAGACGCUGCUGGUGGAGGGUCAGGUGAUCCGCAGUCCAACCAAUACUAUGUCAGUAUUUUACCGCUCUUCACCUGAGGGUAGCAUGGGCACAUUCCAGCUUCAUUACCAGUUGUUCCAUCUGAGCUGCCCUUUGCCACGACGGCCUCACUUUGGGGAGGUGUCAGUUUUGGAUUUGCGCCCAGGAGGUACAGCACAUUUCUCCUGCCACAUGGGUUACCAUCUGCAGGGUGCAAUGUUGGUGACCUGCCUCAAUGCCUCUCUGCCUGCCUGGAACCAGCGUGAACCCAGCUGUAGAGCUCUCUGUGGUGGUACAGUAAAAAACGUCACUGUAGGCAGAGUGCUGUCACCAUCACCUCACCUGAGUCCCAACAGCACUCUUGACCACAGCUGCUCCUGGUCCCUAGAGGCUCCCAGUGGCCAGCGACUACAUCUCCAUCUGGAGAGGAUGGUCCUGGGACCAACAGACCGGCUUGUUUUGUGGAGUGGUCUGGAUGCUGGUGCCGUGGUUCUGUUUGACUCUGGUCAGGGGGUUCCUAUCCCAUUUGAGGGAGUCAUCAGUGAGGGCCCAGCAGUCAGAAUCCAGUUCAUAACAGACAAGCCAAACAACCAGAAUACUGGUUUCAGUAUCCGUUAUGAGGCAUUUGAGAAGGGUCAUUGCUAUGAGCCAUACAUCCAAAACGGAAACUUCAGCACCACAGACGCAACCUAUGGUGUGGGAGCCAUAGUACAGUUCUCCUGUGAACCUGGCCAUUCUCUGGAGCAAGGCCCUCCUGUCAUUGAGUGCAUCAACACACGAGACCCCUACUGGAAUGACACAGAGCCUCUGUGUAAAGCUUUAUGUGGGGGAGACCUGUCUGGACCCAGUGGCUUGAUUUUGUCCCCGAACUGGCCUGACUGGUAUGGUGAAGGUGAGGACUGCAGCUGGAGAAUUCAUGUCGGUGAGGAAAAGCGUAUCCUGCUGGAUGUGCAGCUUCUGAACCUUAGUGACAGUGAUAUGCUGACCAUUCUGGAUGGUGAUGAGGUCACCACACGCAUCUUGGGCCAAUAUUUGGGAGGAAACAGUCCGUUCAAGCUUACCUCCUCUACUCCUGAUCUUACCAUCACCUUCCAUUCUGACCCAGCUGGCCUGUUCUUUGGCAAGGGAGAGGGUUUCAUCAUUAACUAUGUGGAGGUGUCUCGUAAUGAUUCAUGCCCGGACCUGCCUGAGAUUCAGAAUGGCUGGAAGACAACAUCACACACUGCACUGGUGCGAGGGACACGUAUCACUUAUCAGUGUGACCCAGGCUAUGACCUAGUGGGUGGAGAGACCCUCAUCUGUCAGCUGGACUUAAGCUGGAACACCCAGCCGCCCUUCUGUGAGAAAAUUAUGUACUGUACAGACCCAGGUCAUGUUGAGCACUCUGUACGGAUGCUCUCAGAUCCCAAACUGCUGGUGGGAACUACCAUUCAGUACAGUUGCAAUCUAGGCUACAUACUGCAGGGUGGUGCCAUUUUAACUUGCUAUGGCCGUGAACCCGGAACUCCAGUAUGGACAUCUCACUUGCCACACUGUAUCUUGGAAGAGUCAGUGUCCUGCGAGAAUCCUGGCGUUCCUGACAAUGGCUAUCAGAUUCUAUCUAAGCGGCUGUAUCUGCCUGGGGAGUCCCUGAACUUCAUGUGCUAUCAGGGUUAUGAUCUGAUUGGUGAGAUAACAAUCAAGUGUAUACUGGGAAAUCCCUCUUUUUGGAGUGGACCAUUACCCAUGUGUAAAGCUAAUCAUGAAUGCUCUGGCAACCAUGCUUUAGAAGUGGCAGAAGCUACAGCAGACUCAUCACUGGAUGGGGGAAGAAUGGCUCUGGCCAUAUUCAUAUUAGUACUGUUUCUGUCGGUCAUUCUUGGAGGCACCUUUAUCUAUGUCAGAAGGUGUCAUUCAAACCUGCGUUUGCCUCUCAUGUACCCUCACCCAUACAGACAGAUCACUGUGGAGACUGAGUUUGACAAUCCUUUAUAUGAGACUGGAGGCGAGACAAGAGAAUAUGACGUGUCAAUUUGAACAGACCUUUUGUUCUGUAUGAAUUCUCAAAUGCAGAGGAAAUGAUGUAAAUAGCUCCUGACAAUUCCACUGCUACCCUACGUCCUCAACCUCUCAAAUCUCCAAGAUGCAAUGCAGCCAUAUCAGGUUAGAGAGAGAGAGAGAGAGAGAGAGAGAGA